UGUUUAUUUUGACUUGGCUCCCGCCACAUAAUGGUGAAAAUCGACGAUUUUUACAUAAUAUUACAAAAUACGGCUUCAAGAUGACUUAAUAAACCAUUCAUAGCUUUGUUUAAACGAAGAUGUGUACAGUAACACAUUGAACAAUAAACAAGACAGUGACAUAUUAAUAACUUGUUAUUUGCUAUCAUCUGAAUAUUGAAGUGUUCAACUGACAUUUUUUAAGUAGCUAGUGAGUGACAGAUCUAUCAACAAUGACAAAUCAAGCUCCCACAUCAGCUGAUGCUUGUCUUAGUAUAGUUCAUAGUCUGAUGUGUCACAGGCAAGGUGGAGAGAGUGAAAGUUUUGGUAAAAGAGCGAUAGAGAGUCUAGUGAAGAAAUUAAAAGAAAAGAGAGAUGAAUUAGACAGUCUUAUUACUGCUAUCACCACUAAUGGGGCUUUACCAUCUAAGUGUGUUACCAUACAAAGAACUUUAGAUGGUAGAUUGCAGGUUGCUGGAAGAAAAGGUUUUCCUCAUGUUAUAUAUGCCAGAAUCUGGAGGUGGCCAGAUUUACAUAAAAAUGAGCUCAAGCAUGUGAAAUUUUGUCAGUAUGCUUUUGAUUUGAAACAAGACAGCGUGUGUGUGAACCCCUAUCACUAUGAAAGAGUUGUGUCCCCUGGUAUAGAUUUGUCUGGAUUGACUUUACAGCAUGCAGGUCCACCUGGCAGGUUAAUAAAAGAUGAGUAUGGGGGUGAGAUACAGAUGGAGAGAAUGGGGGGUGCUAGUGGUGAAACCAGUCAAACUAUACAACACCCCCCUCAGGAAGGGUUCAAUAGAAUGUUGACAGGUCCUGUAUCACCGACUACACAGGCUACAGUACAGCAUCCACAACAGCCACAACAACCAUGUAUCCCAGCACCUGCUUCCAGUAUGGCCAGUUCUGCCUCUGGCCACUCCCACUCAACGGUCCACACCCCUGGAACUAUGACGCACCCUCUCUCCCCACAACCGUUGUCCCCUGCUAGCCAGCCAGGCCUUGAAAUAAGCCGGUCCAGUACUAAUACCUUAUCACAUGGACAUACUCACACACUCCCUCAUGGACACAAUUUGCCUCCACCUCCACAGUCGCAGAUAGAAAACUUUGGCAACCAAAUACCUCAGCCCUCCUCCUCAACAUUAAGUCACUUUCCUAGUAGUUCUGGUACAACAUGGGUGGGGAACAACACCGCUACAUAUACAGCCAAUAUGUCUCAUCAAGCCCAGUUUUGGAACAACAAUCAAAUGCAGACAGAUAUUCAGCAAGUACAACCUCUCACUAAUCAAUUACCUCCAGAGUUUUGGUGUACAAUAACAUAUUUUGAGUUAGAUCAACAAGUAGGAGAGACUUUUAAAGUACCGUACAGUUGUUCUACAGUUACUGUUGAUGGCUACACAGAUCCAUCAAGUAUUGAUCGUUUUUGUCUUGGUCAGCUAUCAAAUGUACAUCGUACUGAAGCUAGUGAAAGAGCAAGAUUACAUAUAGGUAAAGGUGUACAGUUAGAUUAUCGUGGUGAAGGUGAUGUAUGGAUACGUUGUGUUAGUGAUCAUAGUGUAUUUGUACAGAGUUAUUAUCUAGAUAGAGAGGCUGGUAGAGCUCCUGGUGAUGCAGUACAUAAAAUAUAUCCUAGUGCUUAUAUCAAGGUGUUUGAUAUUCGUCAGUGUCAUCGUCAAAUGCAGCAACAAGCAGCAACAGCACAGGCAGCUGCAGCAGCACAAGCGGCGGCUGUUGCUGGCAAUAUACCAGGUCCUGCAUCUGUAGGAGGUAUAGCACCUGCUGUGGGGUUGUCGGCUGCUGCUGGUAUUGGUGUGGAUGAUUUGAGAAGGUUGUGUAUAUUACGACUGAGUUUUGUCAAGGGUUGGGGACCCGAUUAUCCUCGUAAAAGUAUCAAAGAAACACCCUGCUGGAUUGAGGUACAGUUACAUCGCCCGCUGCAGCUAUUAGAUGAAGUACUACAGGCUAUGCCCAUUAAUGACCCAAGACCAAGGCAAGGUUUUUUUCUGGGUUGAUGAUAUCAGUACUAAAAAAAUAACAACGGGUAUAAAACAAAACUAACAAUACGGUAUCCACUUUAUCAUCAUUAUCAGUGAGUGAACAGUCAUAAAAAGUGCUUAUUUAAUUAAAGAACACCAGAUUUGAUUGGACAAAAUGCCAGUCUAAUUAAUGCGGUCAUAUUGAUUUUUAAUUCACCUGUGCUAUAGUGUGAAUAAGUGUUUUCGUCUAGAGCAUAGCAACUUAAAUGUGUAAAGACAAAUCAUUUCUUUUUUUCUUUUUCGUUUUUGUUUUCUCGAAAGAUAAAGUGCAUGUUGGAAUUUUGUUGUUGUUUGAUCUGUACAAUCCAACAAUACUGAUCUGUGAUUUUAAGAGAUCAAGGUCGAUGAAAUAUUCCUUAUUGGUUAAAUGCAGUAUAUAUACAUGAAACGUGAAGAAAGAAGUGCUAACUGAUUAUACAGAUAGAGGGGACUGUCUAUCUGUAUUACGCAGAUCAUACCAAAGAUAGUCACAUAGACAAGAGUGUUUGAAUUUUGCCCCCCAUCAUUUAUCAAAUUGGGGUUUAGGUGUACAUAUAUGUCUCGGUUGAUACAUCUAAGAAUAUUAUGAAAUAUACUACAUAUUCUUUGAGAUGAGAGGAUAAUAUGAAGUUGUGUGAUCAUCAUGGAAUCAUUUAUCAAAUAGUCAUUGUGUCAUAGAUCAAAUCUUCCAUCAAUAUUAAUAACAUGAGUCUCAUUAUCAUUAUCAGGAUAUUACAUCAUUAUAAAUAAUUCACAUUUUCAUUAUCCUAUUAUCAAGUAAAUAAUAAUAUGUUAGUCUAUUGGUCAUCAUUGUUCAUUUGUUAAUAUGUGAUGCCAUAUCUUGAUCUAUAAUAUCAAUUUACAAAAAUCCUCAUCAGGAGAUAAAAACAAACUUGUGCAAACCAGAUGUUUUAUUAAAACUCUACAGAAUUAGUAUAGACUAUGUAAUUUAGUUUGUUUUAAUGUUUAAUUAGGUCCACUAGUAUAUUUGACUAGUCUAUAUUAUUAAUGACUUAUAUUUUCUCAAGAUUCUAUCUUUUAUGACUUGAAAUGUUUUAGAGCCGGUCUCUGUAAUUGUUUUAUUACAUCACAUACAAUGGUUAAUGCAGUCCUUUAUAAUUUGUAUUUGAAAGAAGACACAUUAGGUCACAGUAUGGUGUUUAUUUGUCAACAAAUUUAGCUGUAAACCAGUUUGUUACUUGCUAAUCAUGACACCUAUAUUAGAGUGAUAAAAUAUUUAUCCUAAGGACAUACAGGGUAGAUUGAUAAGUAUAUUACCUGUAACAGUUUAUAAUGUAUUAAAACAUUAUUAUAGUCAGUUGGAUGGUUCAUUUAUAUAACAAUUAGAUCGGGAAUAACAUGCUGGAAUUGAUGCUGAUUCUGUACUCAAAAUAUCAGCCUUAAUAAUGCAGUUCAGAUUAAGAAAAUUGAAAGUAGAAACUUGGCUAUAUUGGUGGAAUUUGGGGCAUGUAGAACAUUGACUUAGAUUGAUUGCAAAGAAUAUUUUAAUAAUAAUUUGAUAAUCCUUCAUUUGUUUUUAUAUACAUGUACGUAUUUGUAAGAAUGGACCGAUUUUAUUAAUGGGAAGGGUAUUGUAUUUUCAGAUACUUAACUGUUCAAAAUGUUUAUUCUCGCAUAAACAUAGUAGACUUACCUUGUUACAUUUAAAUAUUUAGAUUGUGAUAUUGAUUGACACUGUAGGGCGUAGGUACAGUGAAUGUAGGUAUUAAAAAAUCCAUCUAACUGUAUAUAACAGCACUUCUUAUGAACAUACUUUAUAUGCUGACCUUUAUGGAUUAUCUAUGGUAUUUCAAUACAACGACAAUGUAAGAACCUGUUUGAUCUGUUGAUUUGAUAAUAAUUUAGUUAAUAACAGCCAUGUUUUCACCUAAUUCUAAAUUUCAUUAAAGAUAUAUUGUCUGUUUGAAUGUAUGCUAGAAAAUUAAAUCAUGUAUUUUGUACUAAUAUAGUGCCAUUUGGAUUAAAUAUAUACGAAAUGUCCUUUGUUAGCGAAAUAAGAACAGUUUCAGAAUGAUCUCAAAUUAGAGCCACAUGCUGAAAGGUUAAACAAGAAUCACUUUUGAAAAAACUGUUUUCCAUUGACCUGCUUUCAAACGAUUGAUAAAAAAUUGAAAUAUGUUCCCUUGGAAGACAUUUACUGCUGCAUUAUGUAAGAGCUUAAUGUCUUUUGCAUGCUUCAAAUGUAAUAUGAAUUAUUAUUUAUGACAAGCCUAUAAUCAACUCUCUAGAACAUCUGAUGGCAGAGAUUUAAACAGAUUGAAAUACAAUUGCCAUUUAAUGAUUUAAUAUAGAAAUAGAGAAGUGAGGCUGAGUCUAGAUUAACAAGUAACUUUGCUGUGAUAAAAAACAAUCUGCUAUACAUCUUCCAACACCCAUAACUUCACUCAGAAUAAAGUAAUUUUAAUGAAGUUUUCAAUAUAUUCAUUUAUCAUUAUCUAAAUUUGAAAUUUUGUAGCAAGAACGACCAGUUCUUUAUUUUAAUCUUACAUAAUGCAUCUUUAAAAAAGAUAUUGUUAACAUAAACAACAUAAAUGACCCCAAAAUGUUUUAUAGAAAACAAAAGUAUAUUAUAUCCCUUUGUUGCAGUUAGGAGUAAUAUCAACAGUAACUGAUUUGGUUCUUAACCGAUAUGUAAAGAAAACUAGAUUGUACAACAUUUUAUGUAGAAAUAUGCUCAUGAAUCGUGAAAAACAAUAUACCUUUAAGCACUUUUUUUUAAAAAAUGUUAUGAUGCGACGACGCUCGCUAGAAUUAUGAUGAUGAUGAUGUUAUUCUUUUUAGGGCAAAAUUUGUGUCACUACUAUUUUCAGGGGAAAUAAUCAGUGGCACUUAUGUAUGUAUGAAGAGUUUUGGUAUUCUUGUAGCAUAAUGAAGACCAAGUCUGAAGAGCUAAAUGCGCCUUGAGCAUUAACUUUAAUGAAUCUGUGCGCAAUAUAAGAACUCACUAUUAUUAUUAUUGUCCUCUUUUAAGAGUGUUAAAAAUUGCAUAUAUCUUGGAUCUGUUGUUAACAAUUUCAGUUCAAAUUUAGUAAUAUAUUUCUUCAUAAUUGGUCCAUUAGUAUUACAACAUACCGAAAAAGUACUUUCAUUUUACCAUUAUGUUAACUAUCUGUUUCUUGCUUCUAGAUUGUAUUGUUACAGUGUUGUCUUCCAUAAGCUGAUUUAUUCUUCAUUUUUACCAAAGUUUAAGUCACUGAUUAUUGUUAAGAAUUUCCUGUUUCCUUCAUUUUGUUUUUGUUUUUGUUAAUUUAGGUUAUUAUGGAAAUACCAAAACCAAGAUCAAUAUAAAUAUUACAUUAAUUUUCAUAACAUCGAGUUUGAAUUUAAAUGCUCAACAUAGUGUCGUACUGUGUUUUGUGAAUUAAUGUUUUGAUAUAAAAAACGCUUAAAAGUUAAAUAUUGUAAACAUUUAUGGAUAGUUGUUCGUUAUCACAAUCUCGUUGUCUGUGUGUAACUUUACAUUGAUAAUCCCAGAAAUAAUGAAUUAUUAGACCUAGACAGGCAUCCAGCAGUAGGUCUAAAUUCAUUAGUAUAAUGUUAUGAGAGAAGUUGGAGACAGAUGUAAUGACUUGUUUUUGUACACAAAUUACAGGUAUGCAUUAGUUAUUAAUAUACUUUGAAAAUCAAUUUAGAUAGAUAAUACAUAUUAAAGAGGUAUCAGUGCCAUUUAUAAAUAAUUUGAAAUUUUCAAGAGAUGCAGUCAUUUUAAGAUUCAUAGCCUGUUGUGGCUUUCAAGGAGUCAAGUUCAUGCUCAGCGAUAAAUUGUUUGCUUUUAGUAGACCAGUGCUUGGAUUUUCAAUGAUCAGACGAAUUUUAAGGAUAUUGUGAAUAUUAUGCUGUUAUAGAUAAAAUCUUUUCUUCUUGUUGAUAGUGAUAAGGCCUCUUUAGAAGUGCUAACUGCCAAAGAGUAGAGUGACAUGUUAUGUAUUUUUUGUAAGUGAUAAUUAAUACCAUUAUGCCAUUUAUGUAGAUUUUAAUAUAAAAUAUGUAGGUCUUUGUGUUGGUUGUUUAUCAUUCUUGUUUGUAGCUUGCAUUAGGACUUUAAAUAAAACUGUAUUAGUGACAAUACAUUAAGAUAAUGGUGUGAUUCACAUAUCUUAUUAAUAUCAACUGUAGUAGAAAUUGUAUAAUAUAUUCAUGAUAAGAAAGGAAAUAUGUCAUAAACCUAUUAUUAAAUAAUAACUUAUAGAACAUCAAUGUACCGUCCAUACUGGUCAAAUGCUUUUUAACACAGAAGGGUGAUGUUAUCUUUAAAAAUAUGCUAUAGCUUUGAUUGAUUGAGAAUUCUGAACAAAAGUUUGUGACAUCAAUUUAAAAAAAACCUCACAUCAUCUAUGGUUGAAAAAUUAAUAAAUUAUUUAUUUAUAGGUGAAUUGUUCGGUUUGAUUAUUUAAUUAAACAUUAAUUAUGUAUUCAGUUAAAUGAAAACACUGUUAAAGAUUUAUUUGAAGAUGAUGGUAAAUAUUAUUUGUUUAAAUGUAAGUUAUGAUGUAUGUAUACAUAUAUGUAAGUUUUGAGUAGAAAGUUUGUUACUUCUACUGAAAGAAAUAUGAAGUAUUUAAAUGUAGUCAAGCAUAUGAUCAAAUUGUUAUGAUUUACUAUAAUUUUAUAUAAAUGUUAUGUAAGUUUUUUUCAAGUGUACAUUUUGUUAUAACUUCUAAAGUUUACCAAUUUUAUCAAUUUUGUCCAAACCCAUGCAUCACAGUGCUUGUAUUUAAAACAUUUUAUAAACUUUUUAGAAUUGUAUUUCAUAAAAUUAAUUUGCUAAAGUUAACCAGAGAAUUAUUUGAGACUAGACAAUGUAAAGAUACCUUGGUGGGGAGUAGAUCUAAAAGGAACAUUUUACUAAGCAUUUAUUUUACAAAAGAUAAUUUAGAAUUUGUUUCUUUUAGGAAUCAAUAUAUGAUAGAAUAAUUUGUUACAAUAUCAGAUUCAGGAGCUUGUCAUUUUAGAAAAAAUGUAUGAAUGCACAUUAAAUUUGUGAUAUUCCUGUAUUAAUCUGCUGAUCAUUUAUACGAGUUUAAUAUAGCAUCAAUUGCUAAACAAUAAUUCAUGUGUUUAUAUUUAUUCAUACAUGCAUUAACAUUAGCAUGAAAAAAGUGGAAAAUAUUUGUCCAUUAUAAAUAUAUAACAUUAAAGUCUUUAUGUUAAAUUUAAAGAAGGAAAAUGAUUAUUGGUGUGUGGCACAUCAAGGAUUUAAUUUUAAUAUAGGUAAUGAUGUCCAGUCCUUCAGAGAAUCCUGAAUACAAAUGUUAGACCAUAUAUGUGACCCGCUCCCACGAUUUAGAAACAUCGUCUCAUAGACAGCCGCAUGUGUGAUUUGCAUUGCAUUUGAACAUGCUUUCUUAUCUAGUAAAUUAUUGUAUGCAGAAUAGCUCAGGAAUAAGAUCCUGGUAAUAUGCUGUAUAAAUGGAGACUUUUAUCAGGUAUUAAGUGUAUUAUUCUGAAUAAUAACAUAACGAUUAUUAAGAACAUUCUGCCAUAUACUAUAGUAGGAAACACACAUUUUAAUAGAAAAUGGCUCUUUACACCAAAUAAAACUCCAUUGGCAGAUUUGUUUCAGUGUAAAAAUUGUGGACAGGUAUUCUUUUUUUGUUUCAGAAUGUUUGAAUGUGUCAAACAUUUUGAUUGGAUUAUUUUGUCUAGAUAUUUGUUAUGGAUCUUGUGUAUUGGAUAUAUCCUAAAUAUAUAUAUAUAUGUACUAUUAAUAUAUACACAUAAAUAUAUUGUAAUCAUAA